CUGGCUGCACGCACAGAAUGUCGGUCAGGCGGUCGAUCUAGUCAUCUAAAUCACAGACACACGGCACGAGCAACCAGAAGGUCUCGACCAGGCAAUGCCAGGCCAUCCACGCAUCCAAACGUGUGCACGUCUGUCUACGCGUCCAUCCAUCCGUCCAUCCAUCCACGGAGUGCUACCUAUGCAGCAGACAGCCAGCAGGAAAUGGCGGUGGCUAGAUCGGUCAAGUAAGUAGUGGGUCGGCGCCCUGCGUGGCUUGCUUCUACACACUCCCUCCCCCCCUCCCUCCCCAUUGCCCCCAACACGCACAGCACACAUACGUUCAUCUUAUGAAUACACGUAUCGUAUCUAUGUAUAGAUGGGUGGGUGAAUGGAUAGAUGGAUAGAUAGCAGCUACGGCAGGAAAAGAGUACCCUGACACACACACACACACACACACUCGUGCGACCGUCGUGUGCCAUUGCCUCCCUCCGUCAAUCCCUUCCUCCCUCCCUCCCUGUCUGUCUGUCUGUCUGUGUAGGUACCGUUUGUAUCUCUUUAUUUAGAUGUCCUGCAGGUCGUCGUCCUUCUCCAUCUCGGCUAUCUCGCUCUCCAGCGCCUUCAGGUCCACUAGCUCGGGCAUCUCGCCCUCCUCCUCACCCUCCUCCUUGCCCUCCUCCUCCUCGGCAGCACCACCGCCCUCACCGCCCUCGCCCUCGCCCUCCUUCUCACCCUCACCGCCCUCAGCGGCCGCCGCGGCAGCUGCCUUGGCGGCUUCUUUCUCGGCGGCCUUGCGUUUCUUGUCCUCCUCCUUGGCCUUGAUCUUGGCCUGCAGGUCCGUCUGCUCCGCCAGCAGGGCCUUCUUGCUGUCGGUGAGGGUCUUGCGCCAGGCCACGUCCGCCUGCCGCACCUUGACCAACGCCGUGAGGAAGCGGUGGAGGGCCCCCAGGGGCGGGUGGGUCUUGUCGAUGUCCUCGAUGGUCGGGAAGGCCUCGACGGCCGCGGCUAUCUUGGCGAUGCGCUGUGUGGGGUGGGUGUAGGUCUUGACGCCCGUGGGGUCGUAUGCGAUGAGGUCGGCGAGGGGCUGCUCGCCCCAGAGGGCGCGGGUGGGCUCCCACGAUGGCUUGGUCUUGCCCGGCACCGACAUGGCCGACGGGGGGUGGCCCAGCACCGUCAAUGCCGUCGACACGAUCGGCACGUGGAAACUCUCACUAAGAAGCACAACAGGAGAACGGGGAAUGAGGGAACCGACAGGUCUGCACACUGAUCUCUCUAUGCGUGUCUGUGUUGUGUGGUGUGGUGUGGUGUGGCUGACUUACGGUAUCUUGUUGGUGGCGAGUUCGAGGAGGUGCGUCUGGAGGUGCUUGAGCAGCUGCGCCAUGCCCUGGUAGUGGGCCUUGAGUGAGGCCACCUUCUUGGCCUCGUCCGUCACAGCGACCCCCGCCUCCUCUAGCUUAGCCAUGGCCUCCUUCUCGCCCUCCUCUAUCACCUCGUUGACCACCUCCAGCCCCUUGGUCACGGCCUCCUGCGCCGCCCCCACCCACCCCUCCUCCCUCUCCUUGGCGGCCUCCCACACGGCGGCCUCCUCGGUGCGGCGCAGCGCCUCCCCCACACUGUCGGCUAUCUCCUCUAUGCACCCCACUACGGAUGAGGGCAGGGGCCUCGACUGGCCCAACGUGUCCAAACACAGGGCGUACUUGACCUCCACACCCGGCAACUCGGGCAGCGGGAUCUCCGGGACGGCCUCCUCGGGCUCCAUGGCCGCCUCGCCGCCCUCCUUCUCGCCCUCCCCGCCGCCCUCUGCACCGCCCUCCUCUCCUGCCCCUGCACCAGCGGCCUCCUUCUCGGCGGCUUUCUCGGCCUCCUCUGCCUCCUUCUCGGCGCGCUGUGCCCGCAGCUCGGCGAGCUUGGCGUCGCGCUCCUUGACGGCCUUGAUGUGCUCCACUGCUAUGUCGAUGCCGGCCGGGGAGAUGCACGACUGAUAGACGAUGGGGACAGCGAUGAAGGAGCCCAAUCGGGUCAUGUCGAAGAACUUGAUGGGCUGCAGGGGCGGGGUGGCGUCGAGCACGUCCUCUACGUACACCGAUGGGUAGGGGCGGCCCUUGGACUUGGAGGCCUGGCCCUCGGGGGCCUCCUCCUCCUCCUGACCCUCCUCUGCGACCACCUUCUCCCACACGCGCCAUGUGGCCCCCUGCCCCUGCGGCAGGCACGUGCCCACCAGGCCCUUGUGCGAUGCGCUGGCAUGCACGUACCGCACCACCGGCGCGGCCUUCUCCUCCUCGGUGGCAGCGGUGUCGAUGCCCUCACUGUCGGUGUCGAACAGGCCCACAUAGACGCCCGUGGCGUUGGUGGUCUUCUCCACACACUCGAUGGCCUUCUCCCAGGCACCCUCACCAACCCACUGGGCGGUCGAGAGGAACUCCGAGAGUGCAGUGACCUCGGGGUUGGGCCAGGGGCUCCAGGGCGUGGGCGGGAAGACCGGACCCACCGCCAGAGCAGUCAGAUCCUCGGCAGGAAGCUGCUGGGAUGGCUGGGAGGGCUCCUCUGCGGGUGGUUUGGGCGGCCGUGAGGGCUCCUUGACGUGCUCCUUGGCGUGUGUGCGGAGCCAUGUGGAGAGGAAUGCGACGGCAUCGACAGGCCGCUCUUUGGCUACGGCAGCGAUGGCCUCGGUCAGGAGCUGCCCGACGGUGGACUGGAGGUAGUCCACGGCGCCUGAGGGGUCGUCGCUGCUACUCGAUGACGACGCCAUCUCUCGCAAUUAUGCUAUGCUGGCA